AGCCAAGCAUGGCGGAGAUUUUAAGCUGAUGGCGGUCAAUAACAACUGGAUAACACAUGAUUUACCUCGUCGGAUUGCUUGUUUUCGACCCGGUUAAGUUUUGUCAACAUUAUGGCAAACACAAGGCGGCGUGUCAAGCUUUAUGUGAUGAAUGAAGACAGGCAAUGGGACGAUAGAGGAACGGGUUACGUUUCUUCCAGCUAUGUUGAACUACUACAGGGAAUGGCUUUACUCGUUCGUUCAGAGGAAGACGGCAAAACUCUUCUCGAAUCCAAGAUCCAUCCUCAUACAGCAUACCAAAAACAACAGGACACGUUGAUCGUCUGGGCUGAAGCUGACAAUUAUGAUUUAGCUCUCAGUUUUCAAGAAAAAGUUGGUUGCGAUGAAAUUUGGGAAAAAAUAUGCAAUGUUCAAGGAAAGGAUCCAUCAGUCACCCUUACGCAAGACAUUGGUGACGACAGCGAAUUUGAGGAAAAAUUUGAAGACGUUCCUGAUGCAGCAGCUCCCAUUGAUCUACCUCCGUGCGAGCUCAGUCAACUUGCCGACAUCUCCGCCUUGUUUACCAGCGUUCUUACCUCACCAAUACGACGAGAGAAACUAUCAUUGGAAAUUGAACAAGAAGGCUACAUCAAACAACUGAUGGAGCUCUUUCAUAUGUGCGAAGACCUCGAAAAUACCGAGGGCCUUCACCAUUUGUUUGAAAUUGUAAAGACUUUAUUUCUUCUGGAUAAGAAUUUUCUUUAUGAUACAAUGUUUGGUGAGAAUGUCAUUAUGGAUACCCUGGGAUGUCUUGAGUAUGAUCCGACCAAGAAGGAGCCGCAGCGGUAUCGGCGAUUUCUGAAAGAAAAUGUUCGAUUUAGAGAGGUUAUUCCAAUAAACAAUGCAGAACUUUUAUUGAAGAUACAUCAAACAUAUCAAGUGCAAUAUAUUAUGGACAUUGUGUUGCCAACACCUACAGUAUUUGAGGAAAAUAUGCUGCCAAGUUUAAAUGCAUUUUUAAUUUUUAGCAAGUUUGAAAUAGUUAAUAUGGUUCAGGAAGACAACAAAUUUCUUGAAGAUUUUUUUAUAAACCUUUGUGACGAGGAAACCUCUCCCGAGAGGAAAGGUCAAUUGGUUCAGUUUCUCAAAGAGCUGUGCUCCUUGGCUCAACCAAUGCAACAUGUAAGCAGAGAAGAGUUCUUCAAGGCUCUUACGAAUCACAAUCUCCUACAGGCAUUAGAGAUGCUGCUGGCAAUGGAUGACCCAACAAUUCGAAGCAUUGCAGUUGAAAUUUUCUCUCAACUUUGUGAAGUCAGACCAUCAGCUGUCCGUGAAUAUGUUUUACAAAUGUCCAAGUCCCAACAAGAUGAUGACUCGAUGCUGCUCAAUCAAAUUAUUUAUCAAAUGAUUAGCGAAGGAGAUUCAGGAAUUGCCAUUCAACUUUCCCAAGUCAUUCGUCUGCUUCUUGACCCUGAAAACAUGGCUCUUACAGCAAAUAAGAUGGAAAAGACGGAAUUUUUAAGUUAUUUUUACAAGCAUUGUAUGCAUAUACUCGUCGCACCUCUUUUGGCUGCUACAGCUGAUGGCAAAGUUGGGAAAUUGGACUACAACACUGCCGUGAAUCUUGCUCUGAUCCUGGAGAUUUCUGCAUUUUGUGUUGAACAUCAUACGUAUCAUAUCAAAAACUACGUGAUCAGUAAGGAUCUCCUCAGGAGGAUACUGGUUUUAAUGAAAUCUGAACACAAAUUUUUAGUUUUAAGUGCAUUACGUUGUUGUCGUCGCAUAGUUGGUCUCAAAGAUGAGUUCUAUAAUCGUUAUAUUGUCAAGGGGAAGCUCUUCGAUGCUAUUGUUGAUAGUUUUAAAUGCAAUGAAAAUCGAUACAACCUCUUGAAUUCUGCUACGGUGGAACUUUUCGAGUUCAUACGACAAGAGGAUAUAAAGACACUUUGUUCGUACGUGUGCAAAGAAUACAGUGCCACAUUCACAGACAUCGAAUACGUGAACACUUUUAAAGGAUUGUUUUUGAGAGUUGAACAGGAGAUUGACAGAGUUAGGAAAAAAGAAGAGGAAGCCUCGAAAAGUAACGAAAGAACCCCGCGUGGGAUUAUCCACGUUAGUGCGCGGUUCCGUCGCGAUCCACGCGCGCUUGAGGAAGAAGAGGAGUCCUGGUUCGAUCAAGAUGAUGACGAAGAACAAAAUGGCGGUGAUGACGUAAUGCCCUCAAUCAAUGCCUCUGUCAAAUCGCCUGAAGAAAAUUUUAAACCUUGCAACAGUUUCCCCGCGACGAAUGACGUUCUUCUACCGAGUUCAACGAACAAGAUAAUCGGAUUGGUUGAUUAUCCAGAUGACGAAGACGAUGAAGACGAGGACAAUGACGACACCACAACUUCACCGGCUAAGCGACCGCGCCUCGGUUCCAUUUGAUCGCGUUAGACAUAAAGUAGGCUUUGAUUAGUGCUAUGAAAUACGUAGUUGGUGAAACAGCAUAUAAAAAUAAAUAUAAUAAGUGUGUCGAAUAGAAAGAAAGGGGAACCUAAUUUUUAGCUUUGACCACGCGCGCACAAACCAUGGUAUAUCAAACAUCACUAGGAAACAAUGUCUCCCGGUUUGUCAACCCUAGGGAACAACCCUAGCGAAAUAUGGUUAGGAAAUAUUCCUUCACUAGGACAAGUGAUAGGGCAGGCUUAUU